CACGCUAGAGUGACGUUGAAGCCUGCACGUUCCCCUUUCGCGCAGUGCCCUGUCUUCCUUCCUGCUCGUGGCAUCCUUGCUGGCAGCGAUGUAGCUGGCUGCCGAGGCCGUCAAUAUCAGAUACACAGCCUUGACAAGUAGGUAGGUAGCGCUUACCUAGACUUGUGCUCUUUGGCAGACUGCAGCUCAGGACAUGAUCGCCGCCCUUCAUAAACCAGGACUUUGUCUCUGAUCAUCUGCAUUCAGCAACACAACUUGAUCCCACGCUGAGCCAACACACCCAACAUCACACUAACCUCACUACGACCAAGAGCCACCAGCCCUUUAGCAGCACUUUCCACAACAACCCCCAUCGGCGCGCACGGAAGAGGAGACGAGACCCCGCGAGCUAGUUACUGACAGGCUUAGAGCAUAGUUGAACAAUUGUGGUACCACCGCCGCAUAAAGUCAGCUCAUUCUUUUUUUGUCUAGAGCAAUUCUUGUUGGGAAAGGUUUUCAUUGUAUCUAGAGGUAGAAGACAGUGGUCCUUCCAAUCCAAAGUCAAGUACAGCUUGCAGCAAAGCGCCACCUGCUGAGUUCACUAAAGACGAUACAGACUGCACCACCGUCUAGGAGAAGGGAGUGCAGCAACCGGACGAUGGCGCACUCUGGGCUUCUGGCGGUCUGCUUAGCUGUGAUCAUCUGUUUAUCAGCCAAAUCAGUCGACGCCCGGAGAAAGCUGUUCCUGGACCACAGCCAAGGCCCUCUUACAGCUAAGUCUCAGCAGCAACAUCAAGUCAUGGUGCUAGAAGAAGACGUAACGGAAGUGCACCUUGGCCGGAGGGGGUUGGUCCUGCUGCAACAAGACCCGUACGAUGCUGGGUUUGCAGUUACACCCCCCGCCCUGGAGAUCGUCAACGUCGCAAUCAACCCCACCACCCCGACAGCCCAACAGGCCUACUCCGCCACAGUCUUCCUCCUGGGGGGAUCCCCCGGGCAGUCCGUCCAGAUCCGGAUCGACGGCAGCGAUGGGUUCACCUUCACGACACCCGGCUGCACCAUUGGCGACGCCACGUUCCCUCAAGGCGCUGGCUCGUGCAAGCAGACGAUUCCCGGGAGUCCGUUUGUGGGCUCGACUGACACGCUCACGGCAACCAUUACGGGCACCGACGGGACAGUCUUGGUGUCCCUGACGGUCCAGGUUGGGCCGUUCCAGGCGAAGUCGUGAGGGGGGCCCCGAACAGGGGUUGAGUUACCCCCAUGAAACAGACCGGCGUUUGAAAUUCGAGGGGAAGGUGUGAGCUGGGUGCGGAACAAGAGACACGAAAACCGGGUAGCAUAAUCAGCACGAUUUUGAUCGUUGAGUUGGAUAUUGCUUGCUAGGCUGUGCGUACUGUUGACGACUGUUGGAAGAGACUGCUACUGCAACUGCUAGGACUGCCUUAUUGCUUGAUUGUAUUGUAGGAUAACUGACUGCACAAAAGACAAGAUUCGUUCCAUGCCAGCUCUUGAGGAUUAGAUUGAGAAUAUUGGUUGAGGUAGAGUAGAAGGACUGCCCAGGUACAAAGAUUAGCCGGACUCAAACUGACUGCAUAUCCUUGCUGAUAAAAAUCUGUUCUUGACUGCUUAAUUAAGAAUGCCAUGGUUACAAUACAAUUAUGAAUCUGUAGAACGUACUCUCUGAAGGUUCUGCUCUUGCAAAUCAUAGCUCGUUCGAUAAAGGGAUUCAC